UGAUAUCAGAGGUCUAGAGCAUCAUUCGUGUGUUAUUUGUGGACUGCAGUGGUGCUGUAUAAUGAUUAAACUCUUUGCCUUCUUCGCUUUUGGUGUGGCGGUAUGCGCGGCUGACGCGCCAGUAUCGCCACCAGUCCCACCACCAGUGUUAUGCGGGGAAAUACCCAAGAGUAUAUUUUCUUGUCUCGGUAUUCCGACAGUGAUAGCUGCCAGCGCCGGGUAUCAAUGCAGACUACAUGCAUCAGAAUGUGACAAAAUGAAAUGCAUCUUCGAGAAGUCCGGUUGGAUGGACGGUGACAAGGUGAACAAGCAAAAGGUGAUAGACCAUUUCAACAAGUUCGCUAAUGACCACCCCGCCUGGUCUACUGCUGUAGAGCAAGUGAAGACUGCAUGUCUGAGCGGCACGCUGCCUGCUCAAGGCGUGUACCUCGACUGUCCAGCGUAUGACGUCAUGAACUGCGCGUUAGCUUCCUUCAUUAAGAGUGCUCGUCCGUCCCAGUGGGCGAGUAUACCGGAAUGCAAGUACCCGCAGGACUUCGCCCGCGCAUGCCCUAUAUGUCCGAACGACUGCUUCGCGCCACAGGUGCCUUACGGUUCGUGCAACGCAUGCGUACUACUGCCGCGGACGCCAUAGAUUUGACACAUCGACUAAACAGCCAAAUAUAUUUUAAAGCCCA